AUGAGUGCUCUAUUCAAUUUUCAAGCGCUGCUUCAGGUUCUGCUCCUACUUAUCUGUUCGUGCACAUACAUUCACUCGCAGUGGCCAUCUCUGUUAGACAGGUACAAAGAACACAGCAUGCUAGGCGCCUUCUGGAAGUGUGCUCGCAUUGGCGAAAGAGCUAGCCCUUACGUGAGCAUCGCCUGCAUAAUUAUGGCGGUGAACCAGUUUCAAACAUGA